AUGAAUUGUCCAAAUACUUCACCGCGUCUUAAACCAAAUUUAAAAAAUAAAGAUUUUGUAAGAUGGCAAAGAGCUGAAAAAAUUAUUUGCAAUGAUAAUAUUGUAUCAACGGAUUGGCAUGAAAAAUUAGAAAAAACACCAUUGUUUACAACCGUGGAUAACGGCAAUCCGACAAACAUGAUAUACAUAAUGAGCGGUGAAUAUGGAAGAAUGUGGUUGAAAGAAAGAGACGAAUGGUAUGCCAACGUGUUCGUUCCAUCGUUUAAAGAAAUCAAUUUCAUAAAUAGGAGAAAGAAAAUAAGGAGAGAAGCGAGGAAAGCUAAAAAAGAAGCCGAAGCAAAUAUAAAAGAGAGAAAAGAAAGGAGAGCUAAAGAAUUGGAAGCCAAAGCCAAAGUCGAACAGGAAAAAUUGGAAAAAUUAAAAGCUAAAAUACAAAAAUUUAAAUUUACCGAAAAGAAAAAAUCUAAAAAAGAUGGCGGAAAAGAUGUUAAAGACGGCGUUAAAGGGAAUAAAAAUUCUAAAACGGUUAAAACGACGGGUACCCCGAGUAAAAAUCAAAAACAAAAUCAAGAAACCUCUUCAUCAAGAUCACCAUCACAAAAUCCAAAGGAAGAAGAAAAAACAGCAGAAGAAGGUAAAUUUAGUUGCCCUAAAAAUUCCGUACCCAUCGAAUUAACCGUACAAUGCGAAUGCUCUCAUCACUCUAAACAAGAACAAGAGUGUGGAGGUAAUCAAGAUGAUAAUAAUAAUAACAAUAAUAAUAAUAAUAAUUGUAUGCAAACGGAAAAAGGUGAUAAAAAUCCGCCUUUGUGUAAAGAUUACAUGUCACAAUUAGCCGCCAUACAAGAUGAAAAAAUUAAUUCAGAAACAAAAUGA